CUAGGCUUUACAAACAUGGCGGACAGCUCGGUUACAGUGACAGUAACUCAUGGUGCUAUUAAACACAACAUCACAGUAUCAGGACAGGAUGGACAUGAACCUUUACUUAAGCAUUUAUCUGAAGCUUUGGCACAAGCAACAGGAGUUCCAGUGCCUACACAGAAAAUCAUUUUUAAAGGAAAAUCCUUAAAGGAGUUGGAUGAAUGUCUGUCCAGUUUGGGAAUCAAGCAAGGCUGUAAACUUAUGAUGAUUGGGAAGAGGAAUAGUCCAGAGGAGGAGGUUGAACUAAAAAAGCUUAAAGAAAUCGAGAAGUCGGUGGAACAGACCGCCAAGAAGCUUGAAAAAGUGGAUGGUGAAUUGACAGGACUAAAAAAUGGCUUUUUAGCAAAGGAUUUACAGGCUGAAGCUCUUAACAAACUCGACCAAAGAGUGAAGGUUGCUGCAGAGCAGCUCAUGAAGAUUCUUGAGCAGAUUGAUGCAAUUAGUGUGCCGGAGAAUUUCAGUGAUUGUCGAAUGAAGAAAAAAGGACUUGUAAAAAGUGUGCAGGGGUUUCUUGCCCAGUGUGACAAGAUUGAAGCUGGAAUUUCAGAUCAUUUGGCAAAGAUUCAGACUAAGAAUUUAGCCCUGACAGAUUAGUGACAAGCUAACACGGGUGGUUACUUUAAGAUUUGCUCUGUGAGCGACUGAUAAAGAAUCACACUGAGCUUCAAUGAUGGAGCCGAUUCAGCUGGGUUUAUUUAUCCUGUCUGUCCUACAAUGUGCAAUCUAGAAAUGUUUGCAGUAUAUUAGAACAUCAGAUGCUGGAAGUAAAUGCAGCAGCGUACAGUGCACUGCAAUGCAAUGUUCUAUCUUGUUGAUAAAUAUUAGUUGGUAGAACCAAGCACCUCAUCUAAAACAUAAAUUAUUGAUUUUAACCUUGCAAAAUUACUGCUCAGGUAAUGUCUUUAUAAGGACUUUGUUACCCAUACAAUUACACUUAGAAUAUGUUAACAGCAUAGCAAUUUAGCAUGGUCAAGAGCUUGUGGUGCUUAAGUUUUUUCAUAAAGGUUUUUUUAUUCUGAUUCCUGUAGAGGUUGGCAGCAACGAUAUACAUCGAUCAACCAUAACAUUAA